AGCUCACCCAAAAUAUUUCGUCUCGGUCUUUGGCGCGCAGUGGGACACAUAUUGAAGAGGUGGUCGAUGCAACCUGCGCCUAUAAGUGGGAGACCCAGGUGGAUGGACUUAUAGUGGUGCCGCUACAGUUCCCUACAGGUACCUACGCUGUUGCGCCAACAGUGGCCCCGACUGGCUUUGACGUCAACGCGUGUCCCAGCGCCUGUCGCGUAACCCCCCCCCCCCCCCGCCUUCCAUCGUAACAAUUUCACCUACACCGGCCAGUCACAAUUAACAGCCCCCCAGGUUCGACUCGCGACAAGCAGGCUAUCACUCUUGUCCUGUAGCAUCCGCUCACGCACAUAAUGCCUCCCCAGCAAAGACGACGGCGUCCGGCCGACGAUGAGGAUUCCGACGAGGACUCGCGUCCAAGACAGCGACGCAAUCGCGACGUCUCCGACGAUAAUCUCGAAGACGACUCUGAUCAGCCCAUGGAUGCGGACGGCGAUCGAAGUCAAAAUGCAGACAAACAGCUAGCCAAGAAGCUAAUUCGAUAUGCCAUUUCUUGCGAGUAUUCACGGACGGCCAUACGACGAGAUGGGAUAAAGGAGAGAGUUCUCGGCAACCAGGGUCGUGCGUUCAAGCGUGUCUUUGCUUUGGCACAGCAGCAGCUAAGGACCAUCUGGGGCAUGGAGCUCCGCGAACUUCCUGUCCGAGAAAAGAUGUCUCUGCAAGAAAAGCGGCAAGCGAUGAAGUCAAACUCGCAGCCGAAAACGGGCUCCGGCGCAUACAUCCUCAGCUCGACACUUCCCGAUGCCUACCGAAGCGCGGCCAUACUGAAACCAUCCAAAACCCCCAGCCCCGACGACGAAGCCACAUACGCAGCAUUUUACACCCUAGUGAUAUCCCUGAUAUGGCUUAACGCAGGUGAGCUCAGCGAGCAGAAGCUGAAGCGAUAUCUGCUGCGGCUGAAUGCGGAUCAAAACGUCUCAAACGAGAAGACGGAGGACACGUUGAAGAAGAUGGAGCGGCACGGGUACGUGGUGAAGAAGGUGGAACGGCCGCCCAUAGGUCAAGACGGUGACCAUACCAUAACCUGGCAUGUCGGCCCACGUGCCAAAGAGGAGGUUGGGCUCGACGGCGUCAUGGGUAUGGUUCGCGAGGUCUAUGGCGAGUGGAACCCAGACCAGGAGAAGAAGCUGCGAUCAAGUCUUGGUCUCAAGGCUAAAGCAGCUGCGUCGAAGGGAGCAGCCGCCGUAGACGAAGCAGCGGCCGAGACGGGUGGUGACGACUAAGUCUCAAGAGAAAAGGCACCAAAACCAAGCCAAUAAUGACG